GCGCGAGCUCCACCCAGGUCGCAGGCAGCGCGGUCGGCGGCGCCUAUUUCCCGCCAUUGUGCAAAGUGGAGGUUGGGGGCCCGCACGCGCCGCCUGCCCGUCUCCGGCAGCGCCUCGCUGCCGCCGCCACAGCCGCCGUUCUCUGAGGCGCGGGGAGGCCCGCGCCGCGAGGCUCACCCUGCGUGGGAGGGCGCGGGCGAGAAGCGGCCGAGCCAGCGAAGAGGAGCAGCGGCGCGGGACGCCGGGCCGCGCCGGCUCCGGCCCGUCUGCGAGAUGCCCUGUGGGGAGGAUUGGCUCAGUCACCCGCUGGGGAUCGUGCAGGGCUUCUUUGUUUUGAAAGUUGUUGCUUUUUGUAUUUUUGAGGCUAUGUUGUCAGCUCAAAAUGGAGUUAAUCCUGGCUGGGAGAAGAAAGUAAUUGAGUAUUUUAAGGAAAAGCUGAAGGAAAAUAAUGCUCCUAAAUGGGUACCGUCAUUGAAUGAAGUUCCCCUUCAUUAUUUGAAACCUAACAGUUUUGUGAAGUUUCGUUGCAUGAUUCAGGAUAUGUUUGACCCUGAAUUUUACAUGGGAGUUUAUGAAACUGUUAACCGAAACACAAAAGCACGUGUUCUUCAUUUUGGAAAAUAUAGAGAUGUAGCAGAGUGUGGGCCUCAGCAAGAAGUUGAUUUAAACUCUCCACGAACUACCACUUUGGAAAGACAGACUUUCUAUUGUGUUCCAGUGCCUGGAGAAUCCACCUGGGUAAAAGAAGCCUAUGUUAAUACAAACCAAGCUCGAGUCAGCCCUUCAACGUCCUACACUCCCAGUCGUCACAAGAGGAGUUAUGAAGAUGAUGAAGAUAUGGACCUACAGCCGAAUAAACAGAAAGAGCAGCAUGCGGGUGCCAGACAAGCAGGGAGUGUUGGUGGUCUUCAAUGGUGUGGAGAACCAAAACGUUUAGAAACAGAAGCUUCUUCUGGACAACAGCUGAACUCGCUAAACCUCUCUUCUCCUUUUGAUCUGAAUUUUCCACUGCCGGGAGAGAAGGGUCCUGCAUGCCUCGUGAAGGUCUAUGAAGACUGGGAUUGUUUUAAAGUAAAUGAUGUUCUUGAGUUAUAUGGCAUACUAUCUGUGGAUCCCGUGCUAAGUAUACUGAAUAAUGAUGAAAGGGAUGCCUCUUCGCUGCUAGAUCCAAUGGAAUGCACAGACACAGCCGAAGAACAGAGAGUGCACAGUCCUCCUGCCUCCUUAGUGCCAAGAAUCCAUGUGGUUUUAGCCCAGAAGUUGCAGCACAUCAACCCUUUACUGCCUGCUUGCCUUAACAAGGAGGAGAGCAAAACCUGUAAGUUUGUUUCCAGUUUCAUGUCUGAAUUGUCUCCAGUCAGAGCAGAACUGCUUGGGUUCCUCACUCACGCCCUUUUGGGAGACAGUUUGGCUGCUGAAUAUCUUAUAUUACAUCUCAUUUCUACAGUAUAUACAAGAAGAGAUGUUCUUCCACUAGGAAAAUUUACGGUUAACUUGAGUGGGUGUCCACGGAAUAGUACCUUCACGGAACACUUAUAUCGAAUUAUUCAACAUCUAGUUCCAGCAUCUUUUCAUCUGCAGAUGACUAUAGCGAACAUGAACCACUUGAAAUUCAUUCCCCACAAAGACUACACAGCCAAUCGCUUGGUCAGCGGGCUCCUCCAGCUGCCCAGCAAUACUUCUCUUGUAAUUGAUGAAACUCUCCUGGAACAGGGGCAGCUGGACACGCCAGGUGUUCAUAAUGUGACUGCUCUGAGCAACCUAAUAACUUGGCAGAAGGUGGAUUAUGACUUCAGCUACCACCAGAUGGAAUUCCCCUGCAAUAUUAAUGUUUUUAUUACUUCGGAGGGGAGAUCACUCCUGCCGGCAGACUGCCAGAUCCACUUACAGCCACAGCUAAUUCCACCAAACAUGGAGGAGUACAUGAACAGCCUUCUCUCUGCGGUGCUGCCUUCUGUGCUGAAUAAAUUCCGCAUUUAUCUGACCCUUUUGAGGUUCCUGGAUUAUAGCAUAUCUGAUGAAAUAACCAAGGCAGUUGAAGAUGAUUUUGUGGAGAUGCGCAAGAACGAUCCUCAGAGCAUCACUGCCGAUGAUCUCCACCAGUUGCUCAUUGUAGCUCGGUUUCUAUCUCUCAGUGCUGGUCAGACAACACUGUCAAGAGAACGAUGGCUAAGAGCAAAGCAGCUAGAGUCUUUAAGAAGAACCAGGCUUCAACAGCAGAAAUGUGUGAAUGGAAAUGAACUUUGAAGGUACUGACAUCUAUGAAAGAGUAGUGGGCAAAUUGUAGCCACAUUAUUGUAAAAUUCAAAUAUCAUUUAUACCACACUGUUUUGUAGAUAAUUUGUAUCAAAAAAAAAACCAAUGUCUUUUCCUGAAAUCACACCUGGUAACAUCUAAAGUUUAUAUAAUAUUCAGUAAGGGCUUUUUCCUUACUGAUUUUAUGGAGCUUUUGAAGUUUGUUUUAUAAUUAUAUAAAUUAGUAAUGUACAAAAAUGUAUUUGAUAUUAAAAGUUUAAUAUUGAUAAUGUUGCUGAUUAUACCAUUUCCUUAGUUUCCUUAGCUUCGGCUAAGUCAUAGGCCAGACUCUGUUGAAAUGCUAACAUCAACAUCAUUUGAAGAAAAUUGUUGCAAUUCCAAAGUCAGAGGAAUUGUUCACUUCAGAUUUUUAUGUCUUUCCAAUGAACAGUGGGUGUGAAUGUGUACAGUGGUCCAAGUUUGGGGAAUGGAGCAUACUUGCCAUAAUUCACAUGAUCAUGUGAAAUUCUGUAAUAUUAUUUCCCAGACAUCUGACCACAGCUUUUUUCCAUUUAACAGUUGUUAACAACAUGCAAAACAAGUCUUUAAAUGGCAGUGGUUCCCAGACUUUUUGGGUUUCAUGGACCAGUAAUACUUCCAAAAAUUGUGGGGAUUGACAGAGUUGCCAAUUUACUUUGCCAAGUAAUCUGAAAGAAGUCACUGUAUUAUCACCCUUUUUUUUCAUAAAAGGACAAUCUCAGAACAAGAGAUAGUCCUUUAAAUGGAAUAAAUGUAGCUUUUUGAAAAUACACUACAUUGUCCUUAUUUUUCUCAUUUCACUCCAGUGUAUUUGGGAACCACUGUUUUAUGGACUCGCUUAAGGGAAUGCUGUCUGCCCUGUGAAGUUGUUUUGCCCAAAUAGGAAGAAGACAAAAUUUAUUUAACUUUUUAAAAAAUGCCUUCUUUAGAAAAAAAUGGUUUUUAAUUCUUUUCCUUAAUAAAUGUCAUUUAGUUGCUGUGAUUACAUUGGAUUUUGCACUUUUUAUAUAAAUUUAUCAAUUAGUUCCAGAUGUAUUAGAUGAACUAAUAUUAUCUGCUAGUCCAGGAAUGCCCUGAUAAAACUGUAUGUAGUUAGGUUUUCCCCAGACAAAUUACAGUUUUAAUACAAAUUUUCAAAGGAAUAAAAAUAUUAUCCAUAGCUAGAAAGCGAAUUGAUACAGUAUAGUAGUAUAAGUAGCAUCAAGAAUCUUUGGAAAGGUUAGAACAUUACUUUUAAGCUAUCACUGGUUAUAUAUAAAGAUUAGUUUCUUUUAGUCAGUAACUUAAUUAGUCGGAAACAUUAGAGAUCAGUUAAAUGAUUACUUAAAUUCUGCACCCCCCCUGGCCCCCAAGGCCUAAAGUGACAUUGCUAACCAAGAAAACAGGGUCAGCCUUGAAAAUGGAGGAAUUUAUUAUGCCUCAUGAGCUGAAGUGAAAAUUACUAGUUGUUUAACUUUUCCUAAACUCAAAUCUAUUUUUAUAAACUAAUGUAAAUAAUCUGUUUAUAUUUAGAAUUCUAACUGGUUUUCAUUUUUAUAACUGAUAGAUUAGACCUUCCUUAAACUUUUAGAAAUAAAACAAAGGCUCAACUGGAUUUGUGGGAAUAAAAUUCAACAGAGUAGAUGAGUUACUGUGUGUUUAUUGUGCCAGUGUGAAUUGUAAUUUACCAAAGAGAAGUACAUACUUUGCUUGGUCUUACCGAGAAGUUCCCCUGAAAGGAAAACCCUCUUUCAAAUAAAUAAAACUUCCUAAAUUACUAGUA